UUACCACCUACCUACUUCGUACCUUUCUACCUUUUAACCAUUGAUCAGACCAGUGACCUGACCACUUAUUUACCAAGUAACCAGGUACUUACCUACCCAAGUACAUAACUUUCAGCACUCAAGCGCUUUGUUUCCUGCCAACGUGCGACGGUGAAAUUGACUCCAAUUCCAAGCUCUCUCGCAGACGGCUAUCCCUAGGAUCGACAACAGGAUUAAUUAUCUUCACGAACCCCGCCUCUUGCGCCGUUACAUGUUCACAUCACUCCCAAGUUAUAAUCAGUCGACAUUCGAAUCAUGGAGUUGGGAAUGAAUGCCAGCAAUGGUGAAUUGGCAAGACAACAACAGCAAUCUCUACCGCAACCACAACCACAGCAAUCGAAUUCGCCGUCGCAGCCUACACCACCUCAUAACCAAAGUACUUCACCUGGGCCGAUGACAGCGACGCAGAAUGCGCAAGGUCAACUAAGUUUCCGCAGACAACGAGCCUCGAGAGCUUGUGAGGUGCGAUGCGAUGCCGCGAGCCUCGGCGUUCCCUGUACGAACUGCGUCGCCUUCCAAAUCGAGUGCAAAAUCCCACAACCCAAGAGGAAAAAACCCCAGUCAACCACAACCAAAGACUCAGAUAGCGACCGCGGUGAUGUCGUCGAAGAACCGUCUCCGCAGCCUAAUGCUGGCUCCUCCACCACCUUCCCCGCGCGACCUACCGUGUACCAUUCCUCAGAGGGUGUGCCCGCGACAACCCUCACCGAAGCGCAGGCUAGGAAAGAGGAGGCUGAUAAUGAUACAUUUGUCAAUCUAGUGAUGAAGCCGAAGUUCACGAGAGCUCCUAUUACUGAAGCUGGCAGGGUGGCCUUUCUGGGUGAAUCCUCGAAUCUAACGCUCUUAGUUCACGAUCGCCAAGGGGCUUCAGAUGUUGUGCAUUACCCCCUCCCUGAAAAUGUGCGCGGGUCCAGGGCCCGCUUAACCGAAUUAGACAAUAUCGAGAUUGAUAUCCUUCAUCAACGUGGAGCUUUCCUACUGCCGCCUAGGUCACUUUGCGACGAGCUGAUCGAUUCUUACUUCAAAUGGGUACACCCUAUUGUACCUGUAAUAAACAAGACUCGCUUCAUGAGACAGUACCGAGAUCCUAAGAACCCGCCGUCGCUCCUCCUUUUACAGGCCGUCCUGCUUGCUGGCUCGCGAGUUUGUAACAACCAGCAGCUCAUGGAUGCCAACGGAUCCUCCACACCAGCUGCACUAACCUUUUAUAAGAGAGCAAAAGCUCUCUAUGACGCAAACUACGAAGAUGAUCGAGUAACUAUCGUCCAAGCUUUGCUACUUAUGGGCUGGUACUGGGAAGGCCCUGAAGACGUUACGAAGAACGUCUUUUACUGGAGCAGGGUCGCCAUCAUUGUUGCCCAGGGCUCGGGAAUGCAUAGAAGCGUGGAAGCAUCGCAGCUAAGCAAAGCUGACAAGAGGCUGUGGAAGCGCAUCUGGUGGACCCUAUUCACUCGCGAUCGAUCUGUUGCGGUUGCACUCGGACGGCCAUGCAAUAUCAAUUUAGACGAUGCGGACGUGGAGAUGCUUACUGAGGACGAUUUUAUCGAAGACGAGCCAGACAAUGCGAGCGGGUUUUCGCCCGACCCUAUCCAUGUGCAAUUUUUCUUACAAUAUGUCAAACUUUGUGAGAUCAUGGGUCUUGUCUUAUCCCAACAAUAUUCGGUGGCAUCCAAAGGCCGACGUCAAAACGCUAUCGAUCUUACCCAUAGUGAUAUGGCACUGGCGGACUGGCUACAAAACUGCCCCAAGUUGGUGUACUGGGAAAUGCCACGACACCACUUCUGGAGUGCGCUGCUGCACUCCAACUAUUAUACUACGCUUUGUCUCUUGCAUCGGGCACAUAUGCCUCCUGGCCACAGUAGCGCGAGUCGGUUAGCAGCAGACGACUCCUCCUACCCCUCGCGUAAUAUCGCUUUUCAAGCUGCGGGCAUGAUCACAUCUAUCAUCGAGAAUCUAUCAGCGCACGACGAGCUACGAUAUUGCCCAGCCUUUGUCGUUUACAGCCUGUUCUCGGCUCUCAUCAUGCAUGUAUAUCAGAUGCGAUCCCCCGUCCCAACUAUCCAACAAGUCACUCAGGUACGAAUCAGGACCUGCAUGGACGCGCUCAAGGAAGUUUCUAAAGUAUGGCUCGUGGGUAAGAUGGUUUACACACUAUUUGAGUCGAUCCUAGGCAACAAAGUCCUGGAAGAAAGGUUACAAAAGGCAGCCGGAAAACGUCAUAGGAAAGUCCAGCAGGGACUUGCUCAGCUAGAGCAACAUCAACAAAGACAACAAGAGGCCGCGGCCGCCAAACGGAAAUAUGACGAGAUGGCCCUUGACUUUAGUAUAAAUACCCCGGUACAUCAGGAAUCGUACGAACGUUCACGCCCGCAAACACCGAGGAACGAGCAGGCACAAGGCCAACCUCAGAUGGGACCCCCUCUUCACUCACCAAAUGCCCGGUCCGGGGAUGCCUUUAUGGGAGGGACUAACAGUAGGCCCCACACACGACCGGCGACUCCGUUCAACCCUUCGUUCUCUGUCCCAGCUACGCCACCGGACUUAUACCUCGUGACUCGCAACUCACCGAACCUUUCCCAGUCCAUUUGGGAGAACUUCCAGCCGGACCAGCUUUUCCCUGAAAGUUCGCAUCUACCAAUGCCACAGAUGUCGCCUUCGCAAAAUCAUCAAACCUUGGAUCCGAACCUCGUUUCUUCGAUGCAGGCCGGUAUGUCUCCACAACAGAAUGGGCCCACCAACCAGUUCUUGCCCCGGAUGCCCAACAAGGCGGCGAACGCAAGUCCUCAGCAAGCUAACACUUUCUUACAACCAGGACUUGGAAACUAUCAGCCCCAAACGAAUACGGCUACUAACAAUCUUUGGCCAAAUGACGUAAAUGCGGGUAUGCCGGACGGCCAAAGUCCUAGCGAUAGCUGGAGCACCGGAUCUGCACAAGGCCAACCAGUCCCGGCUACGUUGAAUGUUGAAGACUGGUUCCAAUUCUUUGGUAUCAACGGAAAUGAUAUAAAUCUUUCAGGGCUUGAUAUGCCUAUGAGCUAGCGGGAUGAUACAUGACAAAUCGAUACUAUUGUUCCUUAUACCAGUGGUACAUUAUACCAAAUAUCAGAUGCGGCGUGGAGCAGCAUGACGCCAGCAUGGGUUGUAAUAUUCUGCCUUGCUGAGGAGUUUGGGUGUAAAUCUAAUCUUGGGCGUAUAUUCAAAGGGAAUAAAUGGAAUCAUGCUGAUAUGAUUGGGGAUCGUUGUUUAAAAGUAAAAGCACCUACCUGCAUAUGUACCUAUCGUAGGUAUUUGGUACCUAGCCAGCCCUAACAUCAGCUAUAUAUGUGUGUUGACACAAUAUAAAUACAUGUCAAUAUAUUGAUAUGUUUAUAAAGCACUUGGUAUGCUACAG